GUCUGGCUCCAGGCUGCUCCGGCUCCGCGGGCCGCUCCAGCGCGCUCCAGCGAGGAGCUCUAAGCGGCGCGUGUCGCGAGGGAGGGGAGGGCCGCGGGGGAGGGCCGCGCAGCAGGAGCCGUCGCGGAGGUGAGGAGCGCGACGAACGAGUCCGAGCGCCGCACCGCCACGGCCGAGGCCACGGCACGUCACCAGCACAGUCCCCGCGCGGCGCCGGCCCCGGCUGACAGAGGAGACUCGAGCAGGACGAUGGUGCACUGCGCGUGCUGCCGGAGCCGCCGCUGCCGUGGCUGUCGCCAGGACGCCGCCGGCGGUGCGGCGGGCCUCGUCGGGGAGGCCGCGGACCCGGCAGACAAGCUGUAGAACAAGCUGCUGGGGGACGUACGUGAUGGCCUCGGGGGUCGCGCUGCCGUGCUGAGGACGUCCGCCUGCCUGCCCGGGCGGCGGGCGAUGGGCGCGCGGGGCGACGUGGCGGCGGGUUGUCUGGCGGUCAUGUGUCUGGCGGUGACCUGGAGCCCGGGGGCGGCCCUGGGCCGCAACCGGAACGCGGUAGAGACGCGUGGCGACCUGACCCUGGGCGGGCUCUUCCCCGUGCACGAGAAGGGCGACCCCGCGGCGUGCGGCAAGAAAGUGUACAAUCGCGGGGUGCAGCGGCUCGAGGCCAUGAUGUACGCCGUGGACCAGAUCAACCACGACUCGGAGCUCCUGCCGGGCAUCGAGCUCGGCGUCAACAUUCUGGACACGUGCUCGAGGGACACCUACGCUCUCAACCAGUCGCUCAACUUUGUUCGCUCGUCUCCCAACACCAUCGACCUGACCGCGCUGGAGUGCCGCGACCAGGAGCCGCCCCGCCUCAAGAGGGGCAUCCCCGGGAGGAUUAUCGGAGUGGUGGGCGGCUCGUACUCCUCCGUGUCCAUCCAGGUCGCCACGCUGCUCAGGCUGUUCCGGGUGCCACAGGUGUCUCCAGCGUCCACGGCCAAGGACCUGAGCGACAAGGCGCGCUUUGAGUUCUUCGCGCGCACCGUGCCGCCAGACAACUACCAGGCCAUCGCUAUGGUGGACGUGGUCAAGUCGCUCAACUGGACGUACGUGUCCACGGUUCACUCGGAGGGCACCUACGGCGAGAACGGCAUAGAGGUGUUCGAGCGCGAGGCCUCGGAGCGCGGCGUGUGCAUCGCGGCGCACAUCAAGGUGCACGGCAAUGCGGACCAGGCCGCCUUCGACGACGUGAUUCGGAAGCUGAGCAAGGGCAACGCACGCGCCGUCGUCCUCUUCACCCGGGCCGAGGACGCCAGGGGCCUGCUGCUGGCCGCGUCCCGCUCCAAGGACUCGACUCCCUUCCACUGGCUGGCGUCCGACGGCUGGGGCCGCCAGCCGCACGUGGUCCGCGACGUGGAGGAGGUGGCCGAGGGCGCGCUCACGGUCGAGCUGCACACCGAGCCCAUCCCGGGCUUCGACGCCUACAUGGCCGCGCUCACGCCCGAGAACAACCGGCGGAACCCCUGGUUCGACGAGUACUGGCAGGAGACCUUCAACUGCUCGCUGGCGGAGGGCGCGACCGACCACUGCGCGCCCAAGCUGCGGCUCGGGCCCGAGUACGGCUACCUGCAGGAGUCCAAGGUGCCCUUCGUGGUGGACGCGGUGUACGCCUUUGCGCACGCGCUGCACGCGCUGCAGCGGGAGGUGUGCCAGGGCAACGGGACCUGCCCGGCGAUGCUCAGCAUGGACGGCGGCAACUUCUACCACAACUACUUGCUCAAGGUCAACUUCACCGGUGAGUAG